UAAUUGAUCGAGCAAGCGUUAUACGAAGACAAAAGCCGAGCGACGCUCCACAUAAAAGUUUAGUAGGCGCUACGUAAACAAACUCUGCGGUUUGUCUUCAUUUGAGGGGGCACCGAACGACCGGUUCUUUCGAUCGAUUAACAAGCUGUGCACAUAAUGGCGCCCAAUAUUGAAGAGGAUGUGGCCUGGAAGGUAUCGGGAAUAUCGAGGACCUAUCCGAGUUAUCGCCAGCAACGACCCAUUACAAGUGAAAGCUGGCUGGAGGGCAAACAUGCAGAUGACGAGGCCGAAGGUCUUUGGCGCAUUAACGAUAAGCUUUAUGACUUGAGCGACUUUGCCGCUCGCCAUCCGGGCGGUGCCUCUUGGAUUGAGUGCACCCGUGGCACAGAUAUCACGGAACCCUUCGAAUCUCAUCAUAUUGAGGAGCGAGCUCGGGGAAUGCUAAGCAAAUUCGAAGUGCGACAGGCCACGAAGCCAAGGAACUAUAAAUUCACCCUCAAAGAAAAUGGUUUUUACAUGACCCUAAAGCGGAGGGUACGGGAAAAGCUAAGAAAAAUCGAGUACUCCCCGACCAAGAAAACUGGGUUCCUUCACUUGGGCAUCCUAGUCUCCGUUUUCAUCUUUAGCUGGGUAGGCACAGUCCUGGACUCUUUGGUCUUUCAGGGACUUGCUGGCUUGGCUCUUUGCUGGGUGGCCACCUCCACACACAACUACUUCCAUCAGCGGGAUAAUUGGCGGAUGUAUACCUUUAAUCUAACGUUAAUGAACUUCCGGAGUUGGCGCAUUUCUCACGCCCUAUCACACCAUGUUUAUGCGAAUUCUCUGCAUGAUCUGGAGAUGUCCAUGUUUGAGCCAUUUUUGUGCUGGAUUCCCGAUCGUCACUAUGCAAGUAAAAUGCAACGAUGGAUCUCUGUGGUUAUAUCACCAGUGGUGUAUGUAGCCCUGUUUCAGGGACAGUUUAUCCUGCGCAUGGCUCUCUCCUUAACUAAAAGCAACCUUAUGCACUGGGAUGAUCUCAUAGGUUUUACCCUACCAAUCUUUUUAUAUGUCUCCACUGGCGUUGGUCUGCUUGCCACUCUUGCUAGCUGGCAAAUAAUCGUAGCCGUGGGCAGCUUUAUUUUUGGACUUGUGGGCCUCACAGCAGCCCAUCAUGAUCCUCGAAUUCUACACGAUGGAGACACCCAACGUAAGGACAUUGAUUGGGGUCUUUAUCAGGUGGAUACAAUCAUAGACCGUGGAGAUAUCAAGUGGUCGGAUCUCUUGGUGCUCACCCACUUUGGAGAGCACGCCCUGCAUCAUCUAUUUCCCACUCUCGAUCAUGGAGUACUCAAGCAACUCUAUCCCGAGUUAAGGAAAACCAUUAAAGAGUUUGACGUGGAACUCAGGGAGAUUAAUCACUGGGGCCACAUCAAGGGUCAAAAUCAGCAAUUGCUAAGGACCAAAAAGAAUCCCCUGCCACCGGGUAGUAAAAAGUUGAAGUAGAAUGGGUUUGGGUUAACUAUGAUAACUAUGAUAUAUGGAGGGGAAUAUUUUGUUUUUGUAAAUAGGGACGAUUCAGGUUAAAGUAGCCCUACAAGUAAAAUUAAUUGAUCUUAAAUAUUUUUUAUAUUUUCUCUUAUAAAAUUCCUUGUUUAACUAUCAAAACAAUUUGUGCUCUUAUCAAAAAGGUUUGCUCGACUCUCUUUCAGUUUUAGUUAAUGAAAUUUAAAGCUCUUAGAGCGUUUCCGCUUUUUAAUGGUGUUGGUUAUGAUACCUAAAAACCUUUUUUAAAUCUUUUUACGGCCCACCAACAUUUUUUGCAUCAUUUAAUUACUUUAAGUUAAUUGAGUUACUUCUUUAAGUUGAGACUUCAGCUGGUGUUGAGAAAAAGUGAUAGUUUUUUUUUGAGUAAACCCCCAUAAAUGGUAGACAGCGUCAAAUGGUGAUAUGGAAAUGUGUUUUGCUGAAUCAUCGUGACAAUGCAAAUAGGAGUAUUGAGCAUGAAUCGAUUAGAACAUUAAUUUUAAAUGUUUUUCGGAAUUCUAGAAAAACAAAAAUAUAUAAAGCUUAUACUAAAAUGUUAUAGGGUUAUUUAAUUUAAUUAAAAAUAUAUUUAUAAAUAUUAGGAACCACAAUUUCAUGUUUAUAAUAUUUGUUGGGCUAUGUCUGUUAUUAUAAAUAAAUUGUUAUACGUCUAAUUUUGUGUUGACUUAGAGAAAAUA